AAGUUAACCGUGAACAAUAGACAAGUUGCAAAACAAACCAAGCAGGACCUCGUGUUAGCGCCAGGUGAUUUUUGGAAUAAGACUCUUAUAUCAAGGCUGGAUAAGCUAGUUCAGAAAACCCAAGUAAACAAGCAAUACGCAGCUGAUGCAACUACGAUAGUUAUAUCCGUUACCGAGCGCUCCGAGCGGAAUAUAACGAAGCAAUUCGAUAAGAUAAAAGUCGACUGGCUAGUUGUGGAGAGGCAGUUGCAAACAUAG